AUGAACAAUAUUAACAAUAGUAACAAAAAGAAUAUGGGUAACAGCAAAGAUAAUAAUAGAACAAAUAAUAAAAAUAAAAAUAGCAAUAGCAACAAUAACAAAAUUGAAAAAACCACGGUGACAGUUCCAACAGCAACUCCAACUCCUCCACCAUUAGUUGUAAUAGGAACAAAAGAACAACCAACUUCUUCCACUGUUCCACCAAACUCACCAUCCACACCAUCUACACCAUCUACACCACCUACAUCAUCCACACCAUCUGCACCUCCCACACAAAAUACACCAGCUUCCACAUCAACUACACCACCCACACCAAAUUCUAAAAAACCAAGAGGUCAAAGAAGGGGUGGCAAUAGACAGCAAAAAGAUGAAAAUAAAAAAGUUAGUGGCACUACUCCAGUUAAUAUAUCCCCAGCCCCACCACCAACCCCCACUGCUCCAGUAAUACCUUCAGUUACACUAACAGAAACAACCACUACUGUUGCAGGCCAAUCACAAAAUAAAAGAAAAGGAGCAAGAGAUAAUAGAGAUAAUAGAGAUAAUAGAGACAAUAGGGAUAGUAGAGAUAAUAGAGACAAUAGGGAUAGCAGAGAUAGUAAAAAAGACAAUAGAGAUAAAAGAGAAAAUAGAGAAAAUAGAGAAAAUAGAGAAAAUAGGGAAAAUAAAGAUAAUGUAGAGAAAGAAAAAGAAAAAGAAAAAGAAAAAGAAAAAGAAAAAGAAAAAGAAAAAGAAAAAGUGGUUAUUAAAGAAUCAAAUAUAAAUAUAAAAAAUGAAACAGAACCACAAUUAAAAGAUAAUAAUAAUAAUAAUAAUAAUAAUAAUAAUAAUAAUAAUAAUAAUAAUAAUAAUAAUAAUAAUAAUACAGAAAAAAGAAGAAAAAACAAAAGUAGACCAAAUGGUAGUGCCACCAGCAGCAACAACAUAAAAAAAGAUACAGUUGAAGAAAUAGUAAAAAAAACUGAAGAAAUUAAAAUUUCAACAACAAAACCUGUUGAUCCACGACCACAACAAACAAACACACCUACCCCAACUACUGCAGGUAAAGAACUUCACCAACAAAGACAAAGCCACAAAGGGAGAAGCCAAGAAAAAACAGAGAUUGGUUCUCCUAAAGUUUUGGCUGCAGAAGUAAAUAAAGAGAAAUAUAGUAACAAUAGUAAUAAUACUAACAAUUAUAUAAAUAAUAACAAAAAUAUUAAUGCAACUACUACUAGUAAUGGUAGCAGAGGCGUUAGAACAAAUAACAAAUCAAAUAUUAAAAAUAAUAAUAAUAAUAAUAAAACUACGGAUACUAAUAGUAUAAAUAAUAAGACUCAAGCACCAAAGGAACCACAAUUACCAAAAGAAAAUAAUAAUAAUAUAAAUAGUAUAAAUAAUAAUAUAAAUAAUAAUAGAAAAAAAGAUAAUGAGGGAAAUUUUGAAAGUAAAUCUGGAAGAUUUAAAAUAUCUUCUAUGAAACAAGAUACCUUAAAAUCAGAUCCAUCAACAGCUGUAACAACAAAUGUAGCUACAUCGAAAAAUAUAAACUCAUCUACUUCAAGUCCAGUUUUUGUAUCUAAAUCAUCACCAGCUUCACCAUCACAUAAUAUAACCACCACAACUACCACAAGUUCAUCAGCAACAGUAAACAGUAAAGAACAGCAACACAAGAAAAAAGGUAAUAAAAACCACCACAGAAAAAAUCAAUCAGUCGAUUCAAAUAAAUCAUCAAACGAAACUACUGUAGAUUUAAAAGCCUCUGAAAUUUCCACAGCAGCUAUUACAUUGGAUACCACAUCAAAACAAACACCAUCACAACCACAGUUACAAUCACAAUCACAACCACAAUCACAGCCACCACAAUCAUCGCAACUACCACCACAACCAAAACAAUCAAAACCACAAGGAAAGCUUGAAAAAGUUGAGGAAAAAACAGAGACCAUAGAAAAAUUGACCGUGGAAAAUAAUAUUGCUUCAACACCAGAUGUAAAACAAGAAAAAGAAAAAGUCGAAGAGAAAACUGAAAUCAAAGUUGAAAAAAUAGAAGUAAAGGUCGAAAAAGUACAUCAAUCACCACCACAAGAGGAAAAUAAACUACAAACUAUUGAAGCAAAUCAACAAUACCUUAAUUAUCAACCACAACACCAUAUAAACUAUCAAUACCAACCAUCAACACCACAACACCCAUAUUAUCAUUUCCAACCUCAACAACACCAACCAGUUUACUACCAACCACAACAACAACAUUAUCAAGCAUAUUACCAACCACAACACUCACCAAAUAGAAAAUCAAAUGGUGAAUUUAACACAGCAUAUGAUCCAAAUACUAAACCACACAAACCAAAAACACCAAAAGCACCAAAAAAUCAACAACAUCAAAUUCCAUCUCAUUUGCCAAUUCCACCACAACAAUAUUACCAUCAAUACCAAGGUUAUCAAGAUCCAUUUUAUGUUUAUGGUCUUUAUGGUCCACAAUAUUAUUCACAAGAUUAUUCACAGGAUUAUUAUUAUCCAAAUAACCAUUAUUCCCCAACUGGUGGUUACCCACAACCUUAUGCUUAUCAACAACAACACUAUUCACCACCACAACAAUAUCAUCAACAGCCAACUCACCAAAUAACCCAACAACCGGAAACUGAAAAUAAAUAA